CGGGGGGGGGGAGGGGCGUUUCCCUGUCAACAGCGGACAGAAGGUGCGCUAUGGCGGAGCGCGGAGGCCAAAACAGUGAUGAAGAGUCCUAUGAGGUACUUGAUCUGACAGAGUAUGCAAGACGACAUCAGUGGUGGGGUCGUGUUUUUGGGCACAAUUCUGGACCAAUUGCAGAGAAAUAUUCCAUAGCUACUCAGAUAAUGAUGGGUGGUGUAACUGGCUGGUGUGCAGGUUUUGUAUUUCAGAAGAUUGGAAAGCUAGCAGCGACAGCCAUUGGUGGUGGCUUUUUUUUGCUACAGGUUGCUAAUCAUAGUGGCUAUGUAAAAGUGGACUGGAAAAGAGUUGAAAAAGAUGUAAACAGAGCCAAACGGCAGUUGAAAAAGAAAGCAAAUAAAGCUGCACCUGAAAUCAACAAUUUAAUUGAAGAGUCAUCGGAAUUUAUAAAGAGGAAUAUUGUGCUGGCUAGCGGUUUCGUUGGAGGAUUCUUAUUGGGACUGGCUUCCUAAAGAUUCUUGCCUCCCAUUUUCUGAAGACUGGAACCUACAUAACUGCAAUAAUGAAGAUCAAGCUUGCAGUUUCAUUCUGAAAGUGGGAAACGCUGUACGAGCACAACUAGUACGUCAAAUAGCCCACUAGAGUCACACAUUCAGAGAGUUUACCUCUAGUGCGCGAUGGAUUACGUUUUGAAAGGACACAAAAAUGUAUCCUGUAUUUGCAAGUUUAGGUUUGGUUCAUUAAGCUCUGGAUCGAUUUUGACAUGUUCUAGGUUUACAUUAUCAAGAAAGGCUUUACAUUUUCUCCUUUUUUAUAUAUUAUAUAUAUUGUAUAGUGAUGCCAGUUAUAUGUAUAGUAUUAAUUUAUGUGAUGUAACUUAGCAAAUGCAGAGCAAACCAUGUAAAUGUUGUCUUACAUUGGACAACUCAUCAAGCAUACUACUAAGAUUCAUUAGAAAAUGGAUCUUAAAACCUGAAAGGACAAACUACUGUAAUCAAGUCCAAUAACUUCUCUACCUUGAUGCAGCCAAUUGUCUGAAAAGUUCAAAAAACAUCUUAAAUUGUAUAAAAACAAUUAAAAUAUGAUUUAAAUCAUCCACUGUACUUCUAAUAUCCCAUCUGAUUUUGCCAGUCAGAAAAUAUUAAGAAGCUUGGGAUGGUCUCAUUUUAGUCUGGUUUUGGUAUAACUUUCUUUCUGAUAAACAACUCCAUUCUAAUUCCAGUGGCAGCUUUCUACAGUGCUCUUACGUAUAGAAAUCUUGAAUACUAAGCUUUGCUUUUAUUUUUGGCUUUAACUAUCUGAUAAAUUAUUGGCUUUGUAAGUUCAUUAUGGGUGAUAUUCUAAAAGAGCAUGAACAAUGAAUCUCUUGAGAAAUUAGUUAGUUAAAAUUAAUAAUUUUAAUUUUAAAAUUUAAUAAAUCUAGUUAGUUUUAAAAUAAAGGUAAAUAUUCAACUGAUUGUUUUGCUUUGCCCUUAAUAACCAGUCAGUAGAAAGUGUGCAGUAUUUCCCAUUCCAAUCAAUAGAGAAAUCUUUUUGUCAGUUUGGAACAUCAUAACCACAUAGCCAAGUUCAGAAUUGUUUAGUGAGCUGCAAAAGCCACCCUGCAUCAUGCACUCUGGUAUAGUGCAUUGGCAAACAUGUGCCACCAUACCAACUAGGUGCCAAUAUUAGUUAAGAACUAAGAUGGUUGAGGAAAAACUAAAAUAAUCUGUUGUACUAUGCAAUGUAUUGGUACUCUGAUGUGUCAUGCUGCAGUGUCAAGAAUGCUGAUUUGCAUCCAUGAUUAUUGACGAGGGUAAGUUCCUGAUUUUGACCCCUUUAGAGAGGAGGAAAAGUCAGAACCUUAAUUACCUUGAGAUGCUGAUGUAUAACAACAUUUUCCAAGACAUUAUUUAAUUUAGGAGCCAAAUGCUAACCAUGCAGUCUUCUCUAUCUCAUCAAGACUAUAUAUAUCAUGUCCAUACAUUGCCAUGUUAUCUACAAAUGUCUAAACUGUAAAUGACAAUUUGUAAAAAAUACAAUAUAAAGUGCUUUCUCCAUUUUU